AGUAUAAAUACAAGUUGAACGGCGAAUUGCUGCUCAUUCGCGACCUAGUCAAGCUCAUCUGGUGUUCAGUUAAAACUCUUUUUAAGCCAUAGAUUUCAUACACAAAUGAAAUUACUAAUUGUGGUGGCGUUGGUCAACGCCUUGGUGAGUGCUGAUGUGUCGCACAUUCUCCAACCCCAAACUGCCGAUGGCGCUUACAUUUAUGAAAUUCCAAAAAUCCAAUUGUGUGCUAAUGGGAAAGUAGGGCCACCAUGUGAAGAAUCAACCAAUGAGAAUAGAGAAUAUUUACCACCCAAGUGCCCAGAUGGAUAUACUGGGAUCUACCCCAAGUGCGUACCUCCAACAACCCCGGCACCUCGUUGUCCACCGGGAACUACAGGGGUGUACCCCAAUUGUCGUGCCCCCACGACACCAGCUCCACGGUGCGCCCCUGGACUUUUAGGAACCUAUCCUAAUUGCUAUGCGCCAACAACGACUCCAGCUCCACGGUGCCCACCGGGCACUUUUGGAACAUACCCAGACUGCCGUCGUCCUACGACCACACCAGCUCCUCGCUGCCCACCAGGAUAUACUGGAAUAUAUCCCGACUGCCGUGCACCAACUACGACCCCAGCACCUAGGUGCCCACCUGGAACCUUCGGUACCUACCCAGACUGCCGCCGACCAACAACAACUCCAGCUCCAAGAUGCGCCCCAGGACUUCUAGGAACAUACCCCAACUGUUAUGCUCCCACAACCACCCCAGCUCCACGAUGUGCCCCAGGACUCUUGGGAACGUAUCCAAACUGUUAUGCCCCAACAACUACCCCAGCUCCACGAUGUGCUCCUGGGCUCUUGGGAACAUACCCUAAUUGUUAUGCUCCCACAACAACUCCAGCCCCACGUUGUGCUCCAGGACUCUUGGGAACUUACCCCAAUUGCUACGCACCAACAACCACACCUGCCCCAAGAUGCCCAUCAGGUUACACAGGCAUCUACCCAGACUGCAGACCUCCAACCACAACCCCUGCUCCACGAUGCCCACCUGGAACUUUCGGAACAUACCCAGAUUGUCGUCGGCCCACUACGACAACACAGGCUCCCCGUUGUCCAUUCGGAUAUACAGGAAUCUACCCUGACUGCCGUCCACCAACAACCACACCUGCACCAAGAUGCGCUCCAGGACUUCUCGGCACAUAUCCUAACUGCUAUGCUCCUACCACUACACCAGCUCCACGAUGCGCUCCUGGUCUUGUAGGAAUUUAUCCUAACUGCUAUCCUCCUACUACAACCCCAGCACCACGUUGCGCUCCAGGAUUUGUUGGAACAUAUCCCGAUUGUCGCCGACCAACAACUACACCUGCUCCACGAUGUGCUCCAGGGCUUCUCGGCACAUAUCCCAACUGCUAUGCUCCUACCACAACACCUGCUCCACGAUGUGCUCCAGGACUUCUUGGAACUUACCCCAAUUGCUACGCCCCUACAACAACUCCAGCGCCUCGUUGUCCAGCUGGAACAUUCGGAACGUAUCCAGAUUGUCGCCGACCCACAACAACCCCAGCCCCACGUUGCGCUCCAGGACUUUUGGGAACCUAUCCUAACUGCUAUGCCCCAACAACAACUCCAGCUCCACGAUGCGCUCCAGGACUCUUGGGAACCUAUCCUAACUGUUACGCUCCGACAACAACUCCAGCUCCACGAUGUGCUCCUGGAUUUGUCGGCGUCUAUCCUGAUUGUCGUCGUCCCACACCUGCUCCAACUUGUCCGUUUGGAUAUACUGGAGUAUACCCUGACUGCCAUCGCCCAACUACGGAAGCUAACACUUAUCUUCCGCCUACCGUCACAACUCCAGCUCCAAAGUGUGGUCAAGGAUUUAUUGGAACUUAUCCAAACUGCUACAGACCAACAACUACACCUGCCCCUAGGUGUGCUCCUGGAUUUGUAGGAGUUUAUCCUGAUUGUCGUCGUCCGACUACACCAGCCCCACGAUGCGCUCCAGGACUUUUGGGAACUUAUCCUAAUUGCUAUGCACCAACGACCACACCUGCCCCAAGAUGUCCAGCAGGUUACACAGGCAUCUACCCAGACUGCAGACCUCCAACAACAACCCCUGCUCCACGAUGCCCACCUGGAACCUUCGGAACAUACCCAGAUUGUCGUCGGCCCACGACGACUACACAGGCUCCCCGUUGUCCAUUCGGAUAUACAGGAAUCUACCCUGACUGCCGUCCACCAACAACCACACCUGCACCAAGAUGCGCUCCAGGACUUCUCGGCACAUAUCCUAACUGCUAUGCUCCUACCACUACACCAGCUCCACGAUGCGCUCCUGGUCUUGUAGGAAUUUAUCCUAACUGCUAUCCUCCUACUACAACCCCAGCACCACGUUGCGCUCCAGGAUUUGUUGGAACAUAUCCCGAUUGUCGCCGACCAACAACUACACCUGCUCCACGAUGUGCUCCAGGGCUUCUCGGCACAUAUCCCAACUGCUAUGCUCCUACCACAACACCUGCUCCACGAUGUGCUCCAGGACUUCUUGGAACUUACCCCAAUUGCUACGCCCCUACAACAACUCCAGCGCCUCGUUGUCCAGCUGGAACAUUCGGAACGUAUCCAGAUUGUCGCCGACCCACAACAACCCCAGCCCCACGUUGCGCUCCAGGACUUUUGGGAACCUAUCCUAACUGCUAUGCCCCAACAACAACUCCAGCUCCACGAUGCGCUCCAGGACUCUUGGGAACCUAUCCUAACUGUUACGCUCCGACAACAACUCCAGCUCCACGGUGUGCUCCUGGAUUUGUUGGCGUCUAUCCUGAUUGUCGUCGUCCCACACCUGCUCCAACUUGUCCGUUUGGAUAUACUGGAGUAUACCCUGACUGCCAUCGCCCAACCACGGAAGCUAACACUUAUCUUCCGCCUACCGUCACAACUCCAGCUCCAAAGUGUGGUCAAGGAUUUAUUGGAACUUAUCCAAACUGCUACAGACCAACAACUACACCUGCCCCUAGGUGUGCUCCUGGAUUUGUAGGAGUUUAUCCUGAUUGUCGUCGUCCGACUACACCAGCCCCACGAUGCGCUCCAGGACUUUUGGGAACUUAUCCUAAUUGCUAUGCACCAACGACCACACCUGCCCCAAGAUGUCCAGCAGGUUACACAGGCAUCUACCCAGACUGCAGACCUCCAACAACAACCCCUGCUCCACGAUGCCCACCUGGAACCUUCGGUACUUACCCUGACUGCCGCCGACCAACAACAACCCCAGCUCCACGAUGCGCUCCAGGACUUUUAGGAACCUAUCCUAACUGCUAUGCCCCAACAACCACCCCAGCUCCACGAUGCGCCCCAGGACUCUUGGGAACGUAUCCAAACUGUUAUGCUCCCACAACUACGCCUGCUCCACGAUGCCCUCCUGGAACAUUCGGAACUUACCCAGACUGCCGUCGCCCAACUACUACAGAAAAACCAUAUUGCCCAGCUGGAACAACCGGAAUCUACCCUGAUUGUCGAGUACCAACAACAACGCCAGCCCCUAGGUGCCCACCUGGAACGUUCGGAACAUAUCCAGAUUGUCGCCGACCAACAACUCCAGCACCUCGUUGCGCCCCAGGUCUCCUAGGAACCUAUCCCAAUUGUUAUGCUCCCACAACAACACCAGCUCCACGAUGCCCACCUGGAUACAGUGGUAUCUACCCAGAUUGCAGACCACCAACCACAACUCCAGCCCCAGUGUGCCCACCUGGAACGUUUGGAAAUUACCCAGACUGUAGGCGGCCUACAACCACGACACAGGCACCUGUAUGUCCAUUCGGAACUUAUGGAACUUAUCCAGAUUGCAGACGGCCUACAACGCAAGCCCCACGAUGUGCUCCAGGUCUUCUAGGCACUUAUCCAAAUUGCUAUGCCCCUACAACAACCCCAGCUCCACGAUGCGCUCCAGGACUCUUGGGAACGUAUCCUAACUGCUACGCUCCCACAACAACUCCAGCUCCUCGUUGUCCUGCAGGUUACACUGGUAUCUAUCCCGAUUGUAGGCCUCCUACCACUACACCAGCUCCUCGAUGCCCACCUGGAACAUUCGGAAAUUACCCAGACUGUAGGCGACCAACCACAACGCCUGCUCCACGUUGCGCCCCAGGACUCCUAGGAACCUAUCCCAAUUGUUAUGCUCCUACAACUACCCCAGCUCCACGAUGCGCCCCAGGACUCUUGGGAACGUAUCCUAAUUGUUAUGCUCCCACAACAACCCCAGCUCCUCGAUGCGCUCCAGGACUUCUAGGUACCUACCCUAAUUGUUAUGCCCCAACAACAACUCCUGCUCCACGAUGCGCCCCAGGUACCAUUGGCACAUAUCCAAAUUGCUAUACACCAACGACGCCGCAACCCAAGUGCCCACCCGGUACUACUGGUGUAUACCCUAAUUGCGAAGAAGAAGGAUAUUUCUACCCGAAACCAGCUGUGCCAUUUGUAUUCUAAAUAGGUGAUUUGUCUUCCCACGCAGCAGCCUCCAAAAUGAGAUGAAGAAAAUGGCUUGAAGCAACGCAACCACAAAAAUCCAAGAGUUACAUAACGAAAUCACUUCAAGUUCAAAUGCAUUGAAAACGACUCAUUUUUGUAAAGAGAAUUAAUUAAUUAAAAAAAAAUAAAGAAAAAAAAUCGUGAAAGUUCAUGUGCUAUAA